UCUCCACUGCUUGCAGUGUCUCAGUUUUGUCGCAGCUCCGAAACAAAUGGGCUUCUGGAAGUGAAAGGUGUGAUGGCGAUUUGGGGGUUGUCGUUUUGACCCCAAAUGGGCGUGUCCAAGGCCUGGAGGUUUAGCUUGUUAUCGACGAACCUGGCUCUGUUACAGCACCCGAAUAUCAAUAAGCAUGUGUGCUGGAGAUCGAUGACGACGGCGCCGACGUCAUUGCAGCAGAGGAAGCCGACCUCUUGGUCGGUGGUGUGCGGCUUCAUGCUAUUCGCGUUGGGCUUGAUUUCGCUUUUAACAGGUCAUAUGGCCUCUGAUCUUGAAUGGUACUCUCAACGAUUGGUUCAGCGCACUUUCUACUACAGACAGCAUGGGGAGUACCGUGCGCCAGUUGAUAUUUGGAAAUCACAAUAUUCUAGAUACUACUAUGGGUGCAGUGAAAGAGGACGUCAUUUUGCUCCUGCUGUGCAUGAGCGAUCUUCAAAUGGCUACUUGCUUAUUGCAGCUAGUGGAGGACUGAACCAGCAAAGAACUGGGAUAACGGAUGCUGUAGUUGUUGCACGAAUUCUUAAUGCUACUCUAGUUGUACCUGAGCUGGAUCAUCAAUCUUACUGGAAAGAUGACAGUGACUUCAUCAACAUUUUCGACAUUUCUUGGUUCAUUUCUUAUCUUGCAAAAGAUGUUCCUAUUGUCAAAAGAGUUCCUGAUAAGAUCAUGCGGUCAAUGGAAAAGCCACCAUAUACAAUGCGUGUCCCGAGGAAAUCAGAGCCGGAAUAUUAUCUUGAUCAAGUGUUGCAAUCCUCUUAA